UUCAGGGCUUCUUUUGUGGCUUCACGUUCAUUCAGUGUGUUUGGAGACAAUGGGAGGUGGCAGACCGGUUUAAGACAGCAAACGCAGCGUCAGGUGUGUCUGUACUUUGAAAUAUGACCUGCAUACCCACUUUUCAGAGAGGCUUCCGGAGCAUGUAGCCACUCCAGGAAGCUGAGAAGAACAUCGAGGAGCUUAUCUGUCAACACAUUCAUGAACGACACCUGUACGAUUUCCUCCUACCUGGAUCUCUCCUUCGAGGAACGACAGCGUCGGCGCGAAUGGAACCGCAGUCCACUGAAAGACCUCUUCCCACGCAUCCCACCCUCAUCCCUGGAAACCAUCCUCGACAUCUGCAUCUCCAAAUCCUUCGUCUACCAACUGUCACAGCCUAAACUGUGGAACAGCCGUCGCUACACAAGCAUAGUAGUCGCGCACGUCCGUCGUUCGCACACGGAGUACGACAAUCUUCUUCGCGAAGAGCACGUUGAGCGUUUCGAGGCGCGCCAACGUACUGCUGCGCAAGUAUGGAAGGUUCUGCGGGAGUGGUGUCCGUGGGAUGAUUCGAAUGAAGUCUUGGAGCGGUGUUUCCAAGCGACGCUCUUGCGGCCGGAGGAGAGGACUGUGGCUGAUUGGGAUCCUAUGGAUGUGGAUGACGAGUCGGACUUUGCUGACGACCCUAUGGAUUUGGAUUGAGUGCUUUACUACAGAGCCAUCUUUGUGGUCGAACCGGUUGGUGAGGCUUCUCCUUAUAGCAGGCCAUGGCAUACCUGCGACCAGAGAAUGUCUCAAGUUCGAGCGUUGGGCCCCACAAUCAAACGGGAUUUGUCCAUGAUCGAGCCGGCUCGCAAGCAAGCCCAGCUGGAAGGCUCGUAUUGGCCGGCUUAAAUGGCCUGCGUCGUGGUAAUCCGGUCUGGGAGGUCAAAUUCG